CUGAGAUUCAAAUUUCAUCUCACACACAUAUUCAUCAUAUGAAUAUGAAUUAAGAAGCAUCCUAGCUGCUUCUUCUCUCUGCAACCAUCCCCUUGCAGUUAUAUUAAUUUUGAUACUGUCAUUACAAGUCUCUCACUUACCUUUGUCUUCUUCCUACUCAAUACUUUCAAGAUUUCAGAUCUUCACUUCCGAACCUUCUUCUCUCUUUCCCAAGUUCUUCUCAAUUCUCCUAUCCAUCUAUAUAUAAAUAGCAGUGUAUCUAUACUUUUAACCAUAGUUCAUUUUCUUCCUCCUAGCUGCUUUUUUUCUUCCUUUUUCUUCUAAAAGGAAACACACAUGGCUUCAAAUAUUUGCAAACCUUCUCGUCGCGAUCAUUCACUAAUAAAACCAACCAAAUGUGCUUCAAAGCCUACCCUUUUACUCAAAGACUACCUCAGGGACGAUCUGAGUUCGUGUUCAUCGAGCGGUUUCAAAUCAUUCCCGCGAAGACAAUGCUGCACCACCGUUGGAUUUGUCAAGGAAAAAGAUCUCAAACUACAACGCAAGAAGAGGAGCACUACAAGUACACUCCCUCGACGGCAGCCCACCGUAACCGCUCUGCAGAGAGCUUCCGGAGCAGUAAUAACAGCCAUCAAGUCAUUGUCCUCACAAAAGAAAGCUUCUACCGGUGUUCUUUCUAGAAGCUUCUCGAGGAAGCUGUUAAGCCGAAGGUUCUGGAGAAAAGCUGGGAAGGAAGAGGGAAGAGAAGGUGCACUGAGGCGUAGGAGAUCUUUCCGGGAACUUCUUAUCCAGGAACGAGAUUAUAAACCGACGUCGUUCGAUGAGGAUACUGUUUUCACUCCCAAAACCACCACCACCGUCUCUUCAGGCUGUUGCGGUAACAGCUGGGGAGAAAGUGAAUUCACGUUUUCAUCAAACGCUACUUCCUCCGACAGCUCCACUGAAAAUGACCUAGUUGACGGCGUCAAAGACGGACCUCUCCAUCAGCACAAGAUAGAAGCCGUAACGCAUGGGGAUUGGUCAAAUGAGAAGGAACAAUUCAGCCCUGUAUCAAUACUAGAUUGCCCAUUUGAAGAUGAAGAAGAGAUGAAAUCUAGUUUCAUGAUUAAUUCUUUUUUCCAAGAAGCAGAAAAUAAACAUAUACAGAAGACACUACAUUUUGAGAACAUAUCUUCAUCGGAGCCAUUGGUUUUAGAGAAAAGGAUCAAAUGCUUAGAGCUAGAAGACGAACCACAGAACUAUUCUUCAAAACAAUGUUCAUUGUCAGUAAUUGAGUCAAUUAUUGGAGACAACAAAAACAAGGAUGAGCUAAACAGUUUGAUGAUUAACACCGAGAAACUACUAUUUGAUUACUUAGAACAAAGCAUUGAAGAAAACAAUAAUGCUAAUCAUCCAAAGAAUCUUAGCCUUUGCAAUGUAGUUGAUGAUUGGAUGCGAGGGAAACCCCAAGAACCGUAUUUGAGUUGGGAAGUGAAAGAAGGACGACAUGUCUACAUUAGUGAGAUGGAGAGAUGUGAAGAGUGGAAGAAUUAUGAUCAAGAAACAAGACAACUUGUUCUAGAGUUGGAAAAUGAUGUCUUAACUAGUUUGGUUAACGAGAUUGUCAUUGAUAUUGUGAUAUGCUAGACUGGUAAGUCACACACAUGAGAUGUUGUAACUUGCAACUACGUUUUGCUUCCUUUAUUUUGUGUUUUAUGGGUUUUGUUUUUGGUCUCGUUCUCCCUAUCUCAGGGAAACAAGCAGCUAAAUUUUGAAACAAUUUAGGAUAUGAUGUUUAUAUUUGGUUUUAAUGGUUUUCUUCUACGUAUCUCUUGUGGUUUGGGUUAGUAUUUGAGGUAAUAAUGAUAGUCUAGAAUGUAGUUGGAGUGGAUAGAAUAGAAUGCUUAAUGAAUAUAAUGCAUUGCUCUUAAACUAGUUAGUAAUCACUCAUUGUACUCACAAUAGCUUAUUUAGUAAUUGUUGGU